AUGGAGCUCCCACCUGAUUGUGCCCGUAGUUUACGGAAUCGAAGGCAAGUAGAUCUAUCUGGUAAUCAAUCUCAAGGCUCAGGCUUGACGAAUGGUACAUCGUCUAGACAUACUACAGCACAUCGAGCCUUUCCAAGAACCUUUCCAAGAAGAAACAGAACAGACUCCGGGCAAGGAGGAGGGCAGUCUACCACGCCUGGUCUAUUGCCACCUGGCUUCCAAUCUGCUAGUCGGCCCUCAGUUGCACGAUCGGAACAGAAUCUCGACUAUUUCCCUCCACCCAACCUUGAACUUUCUCAAGCUAUAUCCCCUACCGUCCUGAACGGCGGCCAGCCUGUAAUGACUGGAGUGGGGAACACAUCAAGUGUCCCGAGUCACUCGGGUGGAUUCUACGACCAACAGCAACCCGCCUUACCUGGGCCAUCAUCGCAACACCCCGGCGGCGGACAAUUCAAUCCUUUGGGACCUAACGCUACUAUGCCGGAAAGGAGAGCCAGCACUCAGAACCAACCCCAACUCGAUGCCUUAUCCCUCGAAGCCUGUUAUUCACAAGAUUUGGGGAGACCAAUACAAACAAGACACAGUGCUCUACCCGAGUCCUUUAUCUAUAGGGAUGUCAUUGAACGGUCUAGUAGCCUAGUGCGUAUUCACCCAUACCCUAGCUAUUGGCCUACUAUGACGGGACUUUGCUCUAGAGAGGGAUAUUACGUCGAGUUGAGAAUCCAGACCCACGGAGGGAAUGACAUCACAUCACGGCUGACGGUCAUCGAUCGCGGAAGUGGGCCUGGGUACGGAGAUGCAAGGAAUAUCGAUGUGGUUUGGGGGCAGGAUAACCAAGGUCAGCUUGAUGCUCAGCUGCGCAGAGGCAGUAUGCCCUUCCCAGGGUGGGAAAUGACCAGACCGCAAAAUUCCGCAUAUCUCUAUCCAGGGACACCAGCAUCUGGUCUAAGCGAUCAGAAUAACCAAGGCCAUAACUCUAGAGGGUGGCCGCCGGGUAUGAACCAGCCGCAGCAACUUUACGCAGGCAACGGGUCCGCGUUCUCGACAACCCAGAGUCAAAGUAGUUCGGGCUUUGUAGCCUCCUCGACAACAAGUCCCGACUUCAGUUCGGGGUAUUAUCGCAGCCAGACUAUGGAUGCUGCUGCUCAGUAA